GCGAGCGUGAAGGGGGGAAAAAAGAGGCGGCAGCUGUCCAAUCGCAAUACAGAGCUGUUGAUAAGGGGCGUGGCCAUGCCAGAGGAGCAGAGGAGCCACUGAGCGCAUAGAGACCUGUCGCGACCAAAGCGGAUGCGGCGGAUGUGACCGAAAUCCUCAAUAUCGUCCCCUUUCGGGGCAGGAAUUUAUCGCUUGGAGGAACCGCGCGAUAAGGCCCAUGGAGUGGACGAUCCCAUAAGCAGCCAGUUGCGUGUGUCGAGUGGCAUGAUGGGCAGCCUCGGCGAAGGUGUGGAUGCCAGCAUGGUUAGCGAGGCUCUCCUGGAGGCCCUUUGUUCGGAGUGUGGGCAGAUCCACCGCUCCUGGGAGAACCACCUGUACAACUACAGGCUGGAGGUGGACGAUGACCUGGUGUGUCACAUCUGUCUGCAGCCGCUGGUGCAGCCCUUGGACACGCCGUGCGGCCACACGUUCUGUGCCCGCUGCCUGCGCAGCUUCCUGCAGGAGCGUGACUUCUGCCCACUGGAUCGUGCCAGGCUGCAGCUGCAGGGCUGCCGACGCUCCAGCAUCCUGGUGCACAAGCUGCUGGAUAAACUGUCCGUCACGUGCCCUCUCACGCCGGUCUGCUCCCUCAGCAUGCCACGCUGUGACCUGGAGGCACAUCUCAAACACAGGUGUGCUGGGACGCAGGGUCAGAGAGCGGUCCUGGAGGGCACCCAGGUUAAGGGAUGUGAGGACAAAACCGUGGUGACUGACGCCUCCAAAUCUCCACAGACCGAGCUGAGGGAGUGCACAUCGCCACCACCUGCUGGCUCCAACGCCUGCAGCAAUGGCAGCAACGUGCCCGUGUGGACGGAGGAGCGAGGCGUCGACAACCCUGCCUUUGAGGAGAGCACGGAGGAAGACAGUGUCCAAGGUUUGGAGCGCAUCCCUCCACGUGUAAAGCGUCCCCUCAGUAAUCCCUGCAUCCACCUUCUCCGUACCGGCAGCUCCGCGUCAUCAGGGUGGGACUUUGUUGAGUCUCUGCCCUUAUCAGCAGAAGAGGGUUGUGUAAAGCUGCCGUCUUUGCCUGAAGGCGAGAUCACCACCAUUGAGAUUCAUCGCUCAAACCCCUACGUGGAGUUGGGUAUAAGCAUAGUUGGGGGCAACGAGACGCCUCUUAUAAACAUUGUAAUCCAGGAGGUGUACCGUGACGGUGUCAUUGCUCGAGACGGGAGGCUGCUGGCAGGUGACCAAAUACUACAGGUGAACAAUGUAGACAUCAGUAACACACCGCAUAACCUCGCCCGUUCCACACUAGCUCGUCCGUGUGCUACCCUACAGCUGACUGUGCUCAGAGAGCGCCGCUGCAGUGCCCGGCCUCCGCCCGUGCCUGCUGUUCCUGCCCCUGCAGUGCCUGAGGGCAGCCCAGGCAGUCUGCGCAUUACCCUGCACAAGCGGGACUCUACCGAACAGCUGGGCAUCAAGCUGGUGCGGCGCACAGACGAGUCCGGCGUGUUCGUGCUGGAACUGCUGGAGGGGGGGUUGGCUGCCAAGGACGGACGCCUGCACAGCAACGACAGAGUGCUGGCGGUGAACGAGCACGACCUGAGGCACGGCACACCUGAGCAGGCCGCUCAGAUUAUACAGGCCAGUGGAGAGAGAGUGAAUCUGCUGAUCAGCCGGCCUGGCAAGCAGACCAUGGCUGUACACACGGGCUCGAGCUCAGCCCGCGAUAGCUGGUGCCAUGAACACUUCCUGCCUCCGGUGCACCACACGGCUGUGCCAAAUCCCACACCCAACCUGCAGCUCAGUCGCUCUUCCACAUACAGGGACCUCUCUCAGUGUGUCACCUGCAAGGAAAAACACAUCACUGUGAAGAAGGAGCCGCACGAGUCACUGGGAAUGACCGUGGCUGGGGGGCGUGGCAGUAAGAGCGGUGAGCUGCCCAUCUUCGUCACGAGCGUCCAACCGCAUGGCUGCCUGUCACGGGACGGACGAAUCAACCGGGGAGACGUGCUGCUGAGCAUCAACGGUCAGGACUUGACAUCGCUAAGCCACAGUGACGCGGUAGGCACACUGAAAUCUAGCGCCGCCUCGUGUUCUGUGCAGCUGCGGGCACUGGAGGUGAGCACGGUGGACGAGCCGGGACAGGACGAGGGCCUUCUGCCUCACCACGAGAGCGACUACGACGCCAGCUGGUCACCGUCCUGGGUCAUGUGGCUCGGCCUCCCCAGCUACCUGAACAGUAGCCAUGAGAUUGUCCUGCGCCGGAGUCAUCCUGGUAGCUGGGGCUUCAGCAUUGUCGGCGGUUACGAGGACAACCACACCAACCAGGCGUUUUUCAUCAAGACCAUUGUGUUAGGAACUCCUGCCUAUUACGACGGCCGCCUGAAGUGUGGUGACAUGAUCGUGGCGGUGAACGGACUUCCCACAGCGGGUAUGAGUCACUCUGCCCUCGUGCCCAUGCUGAAGGAGCAGCGCAGUCGGGUGGCGCUCACAGUCGUCUCCUGGCCGGGUAGCCUGGCGUAGUCUCUCCGUCCUCGUAUCCAAGCGUUUUAUCAUUCCUGUGUCCCUUCUGCUCUGCCACGGAUGCCAUAGUGUCAGUGUGAGUCUCAAAAACUUGACCGCUUCACUCGAUGCUAAAAAAAAAAAACCCGGCCUUAGAGAACCCUGCCACGCCCAUGAGGGAGGCCCCGCCCCUCUGGAAAGCAGCCUUAAGGCCUUCUCAUGACUCCACCCUGCCAGGGGUUUUAUAUAUAGAUGUUAUCUCUAUCUUGUGUGUGUGUGUGUGUGAGUGAAUGUGAAUACGAGUGAGGAUGUUUGAAAAUGUGUAUGUGUACAGGUGUUUAAUAAAUAAAUCUUUCCCACAGACACGUGUAUGAUAACGCUCAGUGUUUGCAGUGUGGGUGUGAGGUCAUGGCUUAAAGAGUUGGG